AUGACCCUGGGAUCCGCAGCGCUGCCCCCGUGCCGGGGGAGGACUUGGCUCUCCAUGCUGCUGCUGGCGGCCUCUGUUCACUGCCACUGGCCCGGCGAGGCGGCCGAGGUAGUGCGGGACUGGGAGAACCAGCUGGAGGCCUCCAUGCACUCCGUGCUCUCGGACCUCCGAGAGACUGUCCCCGCUGUGGUGGGCAUCCCUGACAGCUCCGCCGUGGUGGGCCGCUUCUUCAGAGUCUCCAUCCCCAUGGAUUUAAUUGCUUCCAAUGGAGAAAUAGUCCAGAUCUCUGAGGCGGGGAAGGAUUCCUUGCCCUCGUGGCUGCACUGGAACGCGGAGAGCAGCUCGCUCGAAGGCCUGCCCCUUGACACAGACAAGGGCGUCCACUACAUCUCGGUGACCACGCUGCAGGUGUUCCCCAACGGGAGCCACGUGCCGCAGGCAGCAAACGUGUUCUCCAUUGAGGUGCACCAAGAGGAGCACAAUGAGCCUCAGUCCUUGAGAGUGGUUCUCCAGGAUAUGGGUGAGGCAGCGCUGUUUGCGUGUGGGUUGGAAGAGCCGGUCACUAUCCUGACCGUCAUUUUGGAUGCCGACCUAACAAAAAUGACACCAAAGCAGAGGAUUGAACUUUUAAAGAGAAUGAGAAGCUUCUCGCAGAUGGAACUUCAUAACAUGAAGUUGGUUCCUGUUGUAAAUAACAGACUUUUUGACAUGUCCGCCUUCAUGGCAGGACCUGGAAACGCAAAGAAGGUGGUGGAAAAUGGGGCCUUACUCUCAUGGAAACUGGGAUGUUCUCUGAGCCAAAACACCGUCCCCAACAUCAGCAAUGUUGAGGCUCCGGCUAAAGAGGGGACCAUGUCUGCCCGCCUUGGCUACCCUGUUGUUGGCUGGCACAUUGCUAACAAGAAACCUCAUCUCCCCAAGAGGAUGCGGCGGCAGAUCAAUGCCACCCCCACACCCUUGACUGCCAUCGGGCCACCCACCACCGCGGCCCAAGAGCCACCGACGAGGAUCGUCCCCACGCCAACGUCGCCGGCCAUCGCGCCUCCCACGGAGACCACAGCUCCCCCAGUCAGGGAGCCCAUCCCGCUGCCGAGGAAGCCCACGCCAGCCACCCCGUCCACCACCGAUUCCUCCACGGCGACGACGCGAAGGCCUACCCGAAGACCCAAAACGCCGCGGCCCACCAAGCCUCCGAGCACCACGAGAUCCCCCCCCACCAAGCUGACGACGGCAUCGCCACCGAGCCGCGCACGCACCACGGCCAGCGGGCUCCCCCGGCCCUGGGAGCCCAAUGAGCCGCCCAAGCUCACCAACCACAUCGACAGGGUUGACGCGUGGGAGGGCACGUACUUCGAGGUUAAAAUACCCUCUGAUACCUUCUAUGACAAGGAGGACACCACCACGGACAAGCUGCAGCUCACCCUGAAGCUGAAGGAGCAGCAGAUGAUAGAAGAGAACUCGUGGGUGCAGUUCAACAGCACCAGUCAGCUCAUGUACGGCAUGCCUGACCGUAACCACGUGGGGAAGCACGAGUACUUCAUGUACGCGACCGACAAAGGCGGCCUCUUUGCUGUGGACGCUUUUGAGAUCCACGUGCACAAGCGGCCGCACGGGGACAAGGCCCCAGUGAAGUUCAAAGCCAGGCUGGAAGGAGACCACAACGCAGUGGCGAACGACAUCCAUAAAAAAAUUAUGCUGGUGAAGAAGCUGGCUCUGGCAUUCGGCGACAGGAACAGCAGCACCAUCACGGUGCAGGGCAUCACCAAAGGCUCCAUCGUCGUGGAGUGGACGAACAACACGCUGCCCCUCGAGCCCUGCCCCCGGGAGCAGAUCCGGACAUUGAGCAGGAGGAUCGCGGAUGACGCCGGAGGCCCGAGCCCGGCUCUGGCGAACGUCUUGCAGCCGGAGUUCAAGCCUUUGAACGUGUCGGUCGUCGGCUCCGGCAGCUGCCGCCACAUGCAGUUCAUCCCCGUGACCAAGGACGGCAGGGUGGCGUCGGAGGCGACGCCGACGGUGGCGGCUGGCAAGGACCCCGAGAAGAGCAGCGAGGACGACGUGUACCUGCACACGGUGAUCCCCGCCGUGGUGGUGGCCGCCAUCCUCCUCGUGGCGGGCAUCAUCGCCAUGAUCUGCUACCGCAAGAAGCGGAAAGGGAAGCUCACCAUCGAGGACCAGGCCACCUUCAUCAAGAAGGGCGUCCCCAUCAUCUUCGCCGACGAGCUGGACGACUCCAAGCCGCCGCCGUCCUCCAGCAUGCCCCUCAUCCUCCAGGAGGAGAAAGCCCCGCUGCCCCCUCCCGAGUACCCCAACCAGAGCGUGCCCGAGACCACGCCGCUCAACCAGGACCCCAUCGGGGAGUACGCGCCGCUGCGCGACGAGGACCCCAACGCGCCGCCCUACCAGCCGCCACCGCCCUUCACCGCCCCCAUGGAGGGCAAAGGCUCCCGCCCGAAGAACAUGACCCCGUACAGGUCCCCGCCGCCCUACGUCCCCCCUUAA